UACACUGAUCGACGCAUUUUUCGGUAAACAACAAAUGAAAUAGUUUGUAUAUGAAGGAUUAACAAAGUUGAUGACCGAAAAAAGGAUUUUCUUCUUCCUAUAUAAGAGACGCGAACUCUUCUGAUUGUAGAACGCAAAGAUGAAAGCGAUCAGCACGUUGCUCUGCGUCAUUUGCCUCUCGGUUACCGUCCUAGGAUUUGAAAAUUACAAUAUAGAGGAACCAGUAAUUGAGUUUUCUGAGGGUGAAAAUGGCGGACGCAUUAUUGGUGGUGAGGAUGCAACUCGAGGACAAAUCAAGUGGAUGGCUGUGGUCGUCAGCAAAAUCGGCGGCGUGGAUCAGUUGUACUGCGGUGGAUCGUUGAUUAGCGAGGAUUACGUAAUCACGGCAGCCCAAUGCGUUCCACCGGAGAGUGAUUUAACUGCCGAGGUGCGCGUUGUCCUCGGCGCCCUCAACAUCACGUCCACGACGGAGACCGGCCGCGUUGACUUGAUCUCCGAUUUCCGUUUCGUCCACCCUGAGUAUGACUCAGUCACCAAGGCCAACGACAUUGCCAUUGUCCACUUGCCAAGGAGGGUGUUUUCAUCACCUUAUGUUGGGAACUCGCAAUUACCAUAUGAUUAUGAAGUGAAUGCAACCUAUGACGGCGUCGGUGUUCGCAUGAGUGGCUGGGGAGCUGACAAAGAUGGCAUUCAAUCAAACUAUUCGGAAAUCUUGAGAUAUGUCGACACGCUGGUGCGCCCGUUGCAAGUUUGCAUUGAUUAUUACGGAGUAGAUUACGUGAAUGAAAAACACAUUUGCGUCAGCACAGCCGGAGGACAUGGCCCUUGCAAAGGCGACACCGGGGCUCCCCUGACUCUGACGGAACCGAGUGCCGACACCCACCAGAUCGGAAUAUUUUCAUUUUACGACGACGAGAGCUGCAUUCGUGGCAAGCCUGUUGUUUUCACCAAGCUUGCCAGUCACUGGGAUUUCAUUACUGACUACACAGGACUCCUUCCACUAUCUCCACCUACACCUAACCCUGUAGAUUACUAACUUGCAUGUGCAGUUGUAAAAAUUGUAAUAAAUUUCUCGAGAAGCAAGCUUUCAUUUGUUGAAAAAUUAUUUUCCCAUUCUUCUCACGCGAAAAGAAAAUAAAUAAAAAAUGCAAUACGUUCAUUUAGUAUACGCUUCAUUAUUACACAUUAACAAUUACAUUCUCUUAUUCUGUAAUAUUCAAUCAAAUCAGGACAAGGGGAAUUAUCUUGUUUUAUUUUCCGCCUCUCACUU